GCCGCUUUCAGACAGGCGGGAGUCGGCGAAGCUGUGGAGCCGUGAGCCCGGGGCCGAGCGUGGUUGUUGCAGCUGCCGCUGCGUCCUGCUUGUCCGCGGGGCCCUCCCGGGCUCAGCAUGCCCGGAGUGAAGCUGACCACCCAGGCCUACUGCAAGAUGCUUCUGCACGGCGCCAAGUACCCGCACUGCGCUGUCAACGGGCUGCUAGUGGCCGAGAAGCAGAAGCCGCGCAAGGAGCACCUGCCGCUGGGCGGCCCGGGCGCCCCGCACACGCUCUUCGUGGACUGCAUCCCGCUCUUCCACGGCACGCUGGCCCUGGCGCCCAUGCUGGAGGUGGCCCUCACCCUGAUUGAUUCGUGGUGCAAAGAUAAUAGUUAUGUGAUUGCUGGUUAUUAUCAAGCUAACGAACGAGUAAAGGAUGCCAGUCCAAACCAGGUCGCAGAGAAGGUGGCAUCACGAAUCGCAGAGGGCUUCAGUGACACUGCACUCAUCAUGGUGGACAACACCAAGUUCACGAUGGACUGCAUAGCGCCUACGAUCCACGUGUACGAGCACCAUGAGAACAGGUGGCGAUGCAGAGACCCACACCAUGACUACUGUGAAGAUUGGCCUGAGGCGCAGAGGAUCUCAGCGUCGCUCCUGGACAGCCGGUCCUAUGAGUCGCUGGUGGACUUCGAUAACCACCUGGAUGACAUCCGGAAUGACUGGACCAACCCCGAGAUCAAUAAAGCCGUUCUGCAUCUGUGCUAAACACGGCCACUGCACCUGCCCUGGACGUUUCUACUACAGCAAAGAAGACAGCCUAUUUUUAAGUUAAAACCGAACAUCGCACGCAGCCUGAUGGGAAGCUCUCAGCCAGCGGCAUGUGCCUUGGAAGCAGCAGGGUCCAGUCUGUCCUCAGAGCGGGGCUGUGGAGGAGGUGCAGGCCACCAGUCCCCUGGGUUCUCUCAGUCCUGUGUUGCUCUAAUCCUCCAAAUCGAAGCAUUUCUGCUUGUCCAAGAUUGUUCCUAUUAAACAGUUGUAACUAACCCUUUUAUAAUCUGGAGAGAAUACUUUUUAAUUCCUAUGAACUAUUAAAAAAAAAAAAACUACGUCUUA